GGGUUACAUUGACUCACUACAAAAAUAAAUGUCCUGUCUCUCCUGUAGGGCGUUUCAGUUUAGCCACUAGGUGGAGCUCGCAAUAUAGCAUUACACUUCAUUCCAGAAAGAUUCAGAUUGAGUCAUCGAAUUGAUCUACCCAGCCCUGGUGUUUACACAAGCAUCUCAAGUGUUUUUGGUUGUUUUAAUAUGUAUUAAUUUAAAUUUUUAGGAAACUGUUAUUAAACUUUGUCAGCUGAGAAAAGACACAAAGCCGAAAAUUUAGCACUGACAGUUACAGAGCAUGUUAAUGUUAAAAUAUAAACAGUUUACUCAUGAAAGUAUUUCUCUACAUUAUAUGGCAUUUAAGUAGUGAGCAUUGUAGACCUAUGACAGUACAUUUAUGUGUGAAUAUAGGUUAAUUGUAUGUAAGUAUUAUACAUAAUUAGGAAUAUUUUUUUUUUUAUAAAAAGCACCCUCUUCUCUUGCCUUUGCGAGACUGCGCUCGGGAGCGCGCUCCACGCUUAGCGUCCUUUUGGUUACCGUGGAAACCACGGACAGCAGCAGUAGCAGCCAGACGAGAUCGAGCGUGUUUUACUUUUCACAUCAGGAUUUCUCCUUUUAUUUUCGCAGCAGCGUAUUCUGGACGUGCGAGGAGAGCUGAUCGUGUAGCAGCCAUCCAGCUGGAUGACAAAGGACAUUUCCUCUUGAGAGAUGGAGAGCACCUCUCACACACUGCCAUCCUUGUCCCGGUAUCCCACCACUCUGGGAGGGUCUCUCCCCUUUUCCUCUUUAACCCUCACAAAUGGCUGCAUGUCCCUCCCUCUUUCACCCAUCUCUUUCCCUCCAUCCCCUACCUCGCUUUCACCUGGGUCUCCACACUCAUCCUCCCCUCUUUCACUCGGCACCACGUCUCACAUCCCCGAAGGACAAAACGCACAAGUCGUCAGUCAGGACGCCACACCUGACCAAGAUGACCUGACCUGUCUCAGCUGGCUGCAUCAGAGGAACAACCUGCUCCCAUUGCAGCCCCUCGCCAAAAUGAUGCCUCUGCCCCAGCAGGAGAGCUGCACACCUGCCGAGCCUCCUCCACCUCCUCCUCCUGCCUCAUCAAAGCCACCGUAUUCCUUCAGCAGUCUGAUCUUCAUGGCAAUAGAAGAUUCUCCACACAAAAAGCUGCCCGUGAAGGACAUCUAUGAAUGGAUUGUGAAGAACUUCCCGUACUACAGGUCAGCCAGCGGAGGCUGGAGGAACUCUGUCAGACACAACCUUUCCCUCAGCAAGAGCUUCCGUCGCAUUCAGAGGGACAGAACUCAGUCGGUGGGGAAGGGGUCGUUCUGGUGUGUAUGUCCUGAGUAUCGUCCUGCACUGCUGAAGGUGUUGAAGAAGACCCACAGCUUCCACAGUACCAGCAACAAUCUGAUAAAUAAGCCAGCACUGUUGGAAGGAGCUGACUAUGAAGUGCCUGCAGUGUGCGACAUGGUGGAAAUCUCAGAUUCUCUUUCUCAGACUUUGCUCCUCUCCUCCUCUUCCUCAUCCCAAAUCCUCAUCACUGAUAACCCAGAUUUUGUCGAAAACCAGCCGUGCCCUCUGACCCCAGAUCACGAGGAACUUGUCGCCAUGGAGUCGGAUGAAUACCAGCAAGAGGAGGUCAGCAGAGAAAUGGAGAAAGACCCACUGUCUGACAGCGGAUACAUUGAGUUGCAUUAUUACCAGUCUAAUGAGUUCCAGUACUUUGUGCUGCCAGGCGACUCUGAGCUGGAUCUGGAAACUGUGGAGAUCCUUCAGCUGGAUGCUGAAGCUCAAGAGGCUGCUGGAUCCCUGCUGGACCUGGCAGGUGGUGGCUACUAGCUCAUAGCUCCCUUUUGCAAUAACUUAAAAACACUGUUAACAGAAAUAUUUACACUGCCCCGGGAAUUAUGUAUUGCCGUGUGACACUUUUUAACGAUAUUGGUCUGUAGAUGGACUAAGAUGGAGGUAACAGCAGUUCUCCUCUGGUAUUCAGCCACUUUCAGUGCACAACACAGCAUAUCAUGUAUUUCCUUUUGUAAGGGAUGCCACAUGUGUAAGAAGCAUGCAUUUGAUGGAUCAGGACUGAGUAUGUGGUUAAUAUGCUCAUGAACAAUUUAUCAUAGCAAAACCUUUUUUUCUUUUCUUAUCGUGCUAUUUAAUUCCAAAAUCUAAAAGUAUUUAUACAGUAAAUGUAUUGAAGUUUUAGGAUGAUCCACUUUAUUCUCAGGGGAGGCAAAAAUCCUUCACUCUCAAACUAGCUUUAAUCUUAAACCAUAUUUACUGAGUAUAUUUUGAUUUUAAGUAGAAAAUGCACUGAAGUGAUUUAGUUGCACUUAUACUUUCAUUUUAUUUAGGCCUUUAUUUUAGCUAACAGUAACAUAAUUAGUAAUAAUUGUAAUUCUGUUCAUCUUUAUGCUAGUUUCCUUCUCUAUGUGUUUUUUAUUCCUUAGAUUGUAUUUGCUUGAGUUGAAACUCCUAAAAUAUGUUUUUUUUUCAUGUUACAAAGUCCCAGUCUCAUGUCAUUAGUCAAUCAGAAAGCCAAGUAUAUCAUCUUUUAGGGCAUGUCAGUAGUAAAUUAACAAUUUGACCAUAUUUAAUUAGACAAAUUCACUGCCAUCCAAUUAAGCAUUUUGUAUUUCAAGGUGCAUUAAAGUUCUGUUCAUGAAUUACUUCA